CAUGCUGCCAUUUCCUUUUCCGUCGACGUUCCUCUCCAAGUAGCAGCUCUUCUUGUUCAGUCCGCAAAAGACAAAGAAACAUGUCCGACGAAGGAAAACUUUUCGUCGGUGGCCUGAGCUUCGACACCACAGAGCAAUCUCUUGCAGAAGCGUUCUCAAAGUAUGGAAAUAUCUCUAAAUGUGAUGUCAUCAUGGACAGAGAAACAGGAAGGCCUCGUGGAUUCGGCUUCGUAAAGUACGACAAUCCCGAGGAUGCGAAGGACGCUAUGGAUGCAAUGAACGGCCAGUCUCUCGACGGCAGAACCAUCCGUGUGAACGAGGCAGGCCAGGGCGGUGGUGGAGGUCGUGGAGGUGGCGGUGGAUACAGAGGUUCCCGAGGUGGCGGUGGAUACGGCGGUGGAGGUGGAUAUGGUGGAGGCGAGAGGAGUUACGGUGGUGGUGGAGGAGGCCGCAGCUAUGGCGGAGAAGACCGAGGAUACGGAGGUGGUGGUGGUGGUGGUGGAUACAGGAGCGGUGGAGGCCGAGGCGGGUACUCCUCUGGUGGCGGAUACAGGGACAAUCAAUAGGUUGGGCCCAGGAAGGCUACGGAGACCGUUCUAGGCCGGGGAUCCUACAGAGACUGCUAGCUCUACAACAGUUAACGUUAUGCUGCACACGAGUAAAACUCCGAUUCAAGAUCAUCCCUUGGCUGGCUGUAUUUAAAAGAUGCGCUCCUCAAGAAAUGUCCACGUGUUGUUGUUGACCGGAUGACUUUUGUAGUCCUAUUCUGUGUUUAAUUAGCUAAGUUAGCUUGCUAGCUAGCUCGAGCGUCUUUCAAUUUAGCCACGUGUGUCGGCCAUUCAUUUCCAAACCAUGUGAAAAGUUCAUGUUCUCUUGCCCAGUAACAUUCCACCUUUGUACUUUCUGUUUGUAUCCUCAACAUUAUUUUUUGUGUCAAUUUUGGCUUUAUGGAACCUAUUAAACGAUUUCUUUGGAAAAACAA